AAUACGAACGGUAAUAAUAUGAAAUAAAAUACAAAUUACACGAUCGAUGAAUGCCAAUAGAUCAAAGUCGAGGCUGGUCGCCUCGAUAAUCAAUAUACGCGUUCUGCACUCCGGUAUAGCUCGAUGCACGAGCGCGCCGGCCAGUUUUAUUGGUGAAAACGACAUGGGUUUUCUCGAAAGCGACAUAUCUGUCAGGCUGACGUCAAUUUUUAUGAAGCUCGUUGGAUUGUGGAUGGCGGCCAACCAGUACGAGCAACGGAUGAGAAACGCCAUGAUCACGUACAACGUGGUCGCCAUUCUUUUCGCCCUGUGGAUACAAACUAUGGAUAUAUACUACUCGUGGGGCAAUUUGAGCGCUUGCAUUUUCUCCACCUCGAACACGCUUUCGUUGAUUUUGCCGUUGUUGAAGAUAUUCAUUCUGCUCAGUCACAAGGAAGAAUUUUUCCGUUUGAUCGUGUACAUGCAAAGGAAUUUUCUGCGCGGGAAUUACGACGAUUAUGAGAGAGAAGUGGUGUUCGGUUGCAAGCGGAAGUGCACCUUCUUCAUUUGUUUCUUCACGUUUUUUACAAUGGCGACUAUUGUUUCUUACAUCGCUAGUCCAAUCGUUGCAAAUAUUGGAAAAAACGAGUCGGACAGAGUGCUUCCAUUCAACAUGUGGGUUAACCUACCACUAAGUAUGACUCCAUAUUUUGAAAUUACGUUCACAUUACAGACUUUAUCCCUAUAUCAAAUCGGGGUGAGUUACUUUUGUUUCGACAACUUUCUGUGCAUUAUGAAUUUGCACGUGGCUGGACAAUUUAAAGUGUUGCAAUACAGAAUUUCCAACAUAGCAGAUUUGAUAAUUAAAACGGAAGAGAAAAGGGAGAAAUUAAUUGUGGACUCGUCGUAUUUUUCAAGUAAAUGUUACACCACCUUUAAGAAGUGUAUCCGCCAACAUCAAACCCUUAUAACGUAUUGCAGAAAACUUGAAGCGGUAUUCAAUUUGAUUGUCCUAGAGCAAGUUUUGAUGUUCAGCUUACUAAUUUGCCUCGAUGGAUAUCAAAUACUCAUGGCAGAUGGGGAUAUCAAAACACGUUUAAUCUUCAGUUUGCACGUAUUAGCAUGUCUGUGCCAAUUACUGAUGUUCAGCUACAGCUGCGAUUGCAUUAUACGAGAAAGCGUGAACGUGGCUACAGCAGCGUAUGGGGGGCCUUGGACGUUGCUACCAAUGACUACAAAUGGAAAAAUGAUGCGAAAAGAUUUGAUAGUGGUCAUUAUGAGAUCCAGCAUACCUUGUUGCUUGACAGGAAAAUUCUUCAUCGUCUCUCUCGAAACAUACACCAGUGUAAUAAUUUUCAAUCGUCAGAUUCAUCUGUUUUGAGUACCGCGGCAUCGUAUUUCACACUGUUGCGAAACAAUAUAGGAAGCGCAGACGAAACGUAAUUAGUAACACAAAUUUUCAAUCAGUUGACCGAAUGAGAAAAAUGUUUAAGAAAUCUACCAGUUAAAACUAUAUAAUUAUUGUUAAAAUAAAUAUUGUUGAAGAGAGAUAAGAAUCGAUACCUUAGUUUACAAUUUCACCAUUUUUUUUUUUUUUUU